CAUUAUGGAGUACCUUAUAAAGCAGUGUUGGGUCCUUGCCGUUCUCUUUUUCCGGACCCGUCAUCCGCUAAACAGGGGAAGAAGCCGACAUCAUGACUAACACCAGAGGCAAGAGGAGGGGGACGCGAUACAUGUUCGCCCGACCCUUCCGUAAGCAUGGCCCUAUCCCUCUGUCCACGUACAUGCGCAUCUUCAAGAAAGGAGACAUUGUUGACAUAAAGGGAACCGGAACCAUCCAGAAAGGAAUGCCUCACAAGUGCUACCAUGGCAAGACUGGCCGUGUGUACAAUGUCACGCAGCACGCUGUGGGUAUCAUUGUAAACAAGCAGGUCAAAGGCAAGAUCCUGGCCAAGAGAAUCAAUGUGCGCAUUGAGCACAUCAAGCACUCUAAGAGCCGGGACAGUUUCCUGCAGCGUGUGCAGGAGAACGAGAAGCAGAAACUGGAGGCCAAGGUGUCCGGCAUCUGGACGGAGCUGAAACGACAGCCGGCAGCCCCACGGUCUGCACACUUUGUCAGCACCAAGAACAACGAGCCCCAGCUCCUGGAGCCCAUCCCCUAUGAGUUCAUGGCAUAGUGCUAAAAUAAUAAACACGUUUUACACACA